AUGUACAGGCAAGGAUGGAACGAGACCCCUCAACGGGGAUCGAGGAACAUCCCAAACCCAUACGGGUUUCAACCAAAUGGAACACACUGGGCUGACGAAUACGAUUGUCUACCCCUAUGUCAGGGAGGUAUUAGCUGUGGCAAGGUACAUCCGGGAACGGGAGGCCAUACAGCUGUUCAAUACCUCACACCUGACGCAUCACAGAUGUUUGGGCCUGAAAGCCAGCCUGUAAACUGGGAUCACAACCAGAGGGCCACGGCUGCUAAUCAACCCGCUAGUCAAAUCCCCUUCCCUGCCCCAUCGUACCCCUUGGGUUACAUUACUCAACCCCCUGCCCGCCAUCUCGCCUCUAGCCUCUCUAUGAAAGCGGAGCGUCCAUUAUAUCCUGGCUUCACUUAUCCGUACAAUCAUUACUUGACGGAUGUGGCUGAAGAUAGUGCUAUGCCGGACUGGUGUAUGCGCCCUUUGACCCCUGACCCUGAGGAACAAGAGCGAUGGGAACAGAUCGUUAGUGAUGGGGCGCAAGACGUUGGCGAAUCCUCGUCUGGCAAAGAGAAGGAUCAAGUCGAUCCUGUUACCUGGGAGGUGUCGGCAAAAGCCUGUCAAACAGAACUGGAGACCAUCAAUGAUAAAGUGGAUUUUGUUGUUCGAGCAAUGAAGAAAUUACUUGACCAGAAACAAGAGGGUCAGACCAUUUUUUCUCAUAACAACGCUCGCCUCGAAGUUGAGACUGAGGGUGAGUCUUCCGGUUCGCAACCAAGGUUGAAGCGUGAAUCAGCGAACGAGAUCGAUGCUAGAAAGAAGCUCGAGGCCCUGGUAGAAGACCCAUCACAGAGUGCUGAUUGCACACUCGAUGCUCCCAGCAUCAGAACUGAUCUGACCCCGACUGUUGCUACUACGCCGAACGAAGAAACAGAGACAAGUACAUUGGUUUUGGACCCAAAGCAGAUGGAGGGAAUGGGGGACACACAUCACACUAACGAGAUAUCUAGCGAACUGGACAUCAAAGAGGAGGAUGCCGAGAAAAAAGCUAAGAUAAGGGACGGACCCAUCUGGAAAUACCGAAUCAGACACCCUGCAAUGGUUCAGCCAAGAAACGUCGACGUAGACAAUAGAAGGAUCUACGCAAAGCUCCUUGCUCAGUCCAACCGUCAAACCAAGCCUUGGGACGGUGAUCUCAGUAACCUCGAAGCCUUCCUCUUGGGACCCUUUUACGAAUGCGACGACAACACUGGCAUACGUGAUAAGAUCUUUAAUCUGUUUGCAGAGAUCUCAGGGGUAUCAAUUGAGCUCUGCUACGUCAAGAAUGAGCAGAGAAUGAAGCUUUUUGUACUCGUUCCACCUUUCUACGCGGAAAACGAAAAUGCUCGGUCUUCCUUUGAGCUUAUGAAGAAUGCCGAGGAUGUGUCUAAAUUGCUUUUGCAACAACGGGCUGAUUGUUUCGAUGUUGAGAUUUGGGAAGCAAAUUUUCGACUAGACGUUGUCUAG